UUGGUUGAAGAGUCAGAGAAAGAGAAGUAGAAGAAGAAAAGGAUAGCCCAGAAAGAAGAGGAGAGGGAAGAAAAAAAUGUCAGGAGGAAUAGCCCGUGGCCGUCUCGCUGAGGAACGCAAGGCCUGGCGCAAAAAUCAUCCGCAUGGUUUUGUGGCAAAGCCAGAGUCCGGUGCUGAUGGGUCCGUCAAUUUGAUGGUGUGGCAUUGCACCAUCCCUGGGAAGGCUGGGACUGACUGGGAGGGUGGCUACUAUCCACUCACAAUGCACUUUACUGAGGAUUACCCCAGCAAACCUCCCAAGUGCAAGUUCCCACAAGGGUUUUUCCACCCCAAUGUCUAUCCCUCUGGAACAGUGUGUUUGUCGAUCCUUAAUGAGGAUAGUGGAUGGCGACCAGCCAUUACAGUGAAGCAAAUUCUAGUUGGCAUCCAGGAUCUGCUCGAUCAGCCAAACCCUGCUGAUCCAGCACAAACUGAGGGCUAUCAGAUGUAUAUGCAGGAACCUGCUGAAUACAAGAGAAGGGUUCGGCAGCAGGCCAAGCAAUAUCCACCUAUUGUUUGAUAAUAGGCAAUUUGUAACUACCUUAGGUGGACAAGUGUCCCUGUUUGAUUUUCAGCAACUUGUAAUGUUAGUCAGCUGUUUUGUACAUGUUCUAUCUUUCACUUGGACCCGUCAUUAGAAUUUGGUGCCCAUUCAACUGUCUUUUGGAGGUGUGCAUAUGUUGUCUUGGUUUUGAUUUUAAAACGUCAUUGCAAGAUGUCAUGUCUGGUAGUGACGUAUUAAACUCUGGUAUCGGAUGGAAAAGCUUUAGGUAAUAUGCUGGUGUUAGGGCCAUAAAUGGCUUUUUUCUCUUGUGAUGAUGAGGUUCCUAUUCUCAACCUUCCUGUUUAUCAGUUUAAGUAAUGGCAUUAGCUUUAAUUUUUUUC